CCCACACAGCAAAAAUAUCUCCAACCCGACAUUUCCAGCUUGGAAGGCCCCUCCUACUACUCCCAUCAAGAAGACAUCACCAACCACACCUCGACAUUUGCAGCAACAGCAGUCAAAAUGCCGAGCCACAAGUCUUUCCGCACCAAGCAGAAGCUGGCCAAGGCCCAGAAGCAGAACCGCCCCAUCCCUCAAUGGAUCCGUCUGCGUACCGACAACACCAUUAGGUACAACGCCAAGCGAAGACAUUGGCGCAAGACUCGUCUCGGUAUCUAGAUGCCGAGCGCCAAUUUCCCCUUCCUGCCCGCCGUUCACUCUCAGCCCGGCAUCUUGUUUUCCCUACGAUACACCACCGGUUCUCGGCUUGUCACUAUGGCGUUGUUAUGGAAAGGGCAGUGAAUGACGAAUGAUCAUUCUGGUACGACUUGCUACGGUGAUUCGGAAGCAACGAAACAAAACAAAAGGAAUGAAGGCGUAGGAAGGGGCUUAUUGCGUUGGUUCGUUCAGAGGGUUUCUUCACUGCAUGGUACCGGUUAUAGGGAAUGAACACAAUUGCGUAAAAGCAAUAUUUGAUGCA